GUGAGCCUUGGCGGCUUUGGAGGCGGCCGCGGUGGUGAAGGAGCCGGCGGCGGCGGCGGCCGAGGAGGAAGCGGAGAGGUGGCGGCUGGGACCGGUGCGGGGAUGGCGGAGGUACCGCCUGGGCCUAGCAGCCUCCUCCCACCGCCAGCACCUCCGGCCCCGGCAGUGGCAGAGCUCCGCUGUCCCUUCCCCGUGGGGGCCGCCCCCGCCUGCUGUAGCGAGGACGAGGAGGACGACGAGGAGCACGAAGGCGGCGGCGGCAGGAGACCGGCGGGCGGCGAGGCGGCGGCGGCCAAGGGACAUCCGUGCCGUCGCUGCCCUCAGCCGCCCCAGGAGCAGCAGCAGCUCAAUGGAUUGAUCAGCCCCGAACUGCGGCACCAUCGGUCGGCCGCCUCCCUCAAGAGCAAGGUUCUGAGCGUGGCCGAGGCGGCGGCGACUACGAUCACCCCCGACGGGGACCCCAGAGCGACUGCAACAAAAGGAGCCGGGCUCCACUCGGCCGAGAGCCCCCCUCACUCCCUCCCCAAUAAUGGUAGAACUGCGCUCCCCAGCCCGGCAGAGGCAGCGACGGCGAGCGGUCCCGCGGCGGCCCGCAAUGGACUGGCCGAGGGCGCCGAGCCGGAGGAAGAGGAAGACGAGCAGGUGCAGCUGCUGUCUUCGACCCUGCCUGCCAGCUGCAGCUUAAGGAGCCCCUCGGGCAGGGAAGUUGAGCCUGGGGAGGAUCGGACGAUACGCUAUGUCCGAUACGAAUCCGAGCUCCAAAUGCCUGAUAUCAUGAGACUGAUCACCAAAGAUCUGUCUGAACCCUACUCCAUUUAUACCUAUAGAUAUUUUAUCCACAACUGGCCACAGCUGUGCUUCUUGGCAAUGGUAGGGGAGGAGUGUGUAGGUGCCAUCGUUUGCAAGUUGGAUAUGCACAAAAAGAUGUUCCGCAGAGGUUAUAUAGCCAUGUUAGCUGUGGAUUCCAAAUACAGGAGAAAUGGCAUUGGUACUAACUUGGUUAAGAAAGCUAUAUAUGCCAUGGUUGAAGGAGACUGUGAUGAGGUCGUUUUGGAAACAGAAAUAACAAAUAAAUCAGCUUUGAAACUUUAUGAAAAUCUUGGUUUUGUUCGAGAUAAGAGGCUGUUCAGAUACUAUUUAAAUGGAGUUGAUGCACUGCGACUUAAACUGUGGCUGCGCUGAGAAACUGACAUCGAGGAACAACUGUCCAACCACACAGUGUCGGCCUUUGCAUGCAAUGCAAUUUGUACAAAAUUGCUUUGCAGGUGGAUUUAGUGAUUUCCAUGCAGCUCUUACCUGUCAGUGUCUAAUUGAGUGUCGCACAAUAUUUGUUGCACUUUUGGCAUGGCGCAUUUGUUCGAAUUAAAAGAGAUUGUUUCAAACUUCCAGAGUUCUUUUGGUACCAACAAGAUGUGCCAGUUGAUAGCCAAGAUUUGUUUGUUUCUUUGCAAAAUCUGCUGACAAUGUUAUUUACACAGUGAUGAUCACAAAACCAGUUAAGUGGAACAUGACUUUUGUUCCUGAAAGAAGCCAAUGUAGAGUGUUAAGAAAAAAAACAAAACAACUUACAUAUACUGCUAUUUCACAUGAAACCUGCCAUACUUUUUGGAAAGUAGAGGGGGGAAACUUCAAUUUAGGUUUUAUUUUUUUUAAUAUUAAAUUUUCCAUCUUGCAUAUUGGUACCUCAGUGAUUAGUGAAUGGGGGGGAAAUUAUUGUAAGAUGGGGUGUGUCUUACAAUGAGUAAAGAUGAUUAAAUUGCGUUUACCAGUGCCUGUGUAGAUAAGAAUAUUUCUCCUCAUCUCUAGUUUUUGAAUGCAUGCUAUUUUUUCCUUUCCUUUAAGGCCUUUGCAAGCAAACUUCUGUUUUUAUUUGAAUUCUAAAUUUGGUAAUAAAUUAUUUCAGAUUUUUAUAAUUUGGAUACUUUUUCAGGUCAGAGACAGUGAUAUACUUUAGAAGUCUCUUCCUUUCUUUACUGUCAGAAGUUGAAUUAAUUUGGUCAUUCUUCAAGGAAUGGCUCAAAGGCAUUGAGAAAAUUGAUGGAGCCAGGAGUUG